AUGCAACAACUAGUGUUGGGAAAAAUGAAAAAUUACUCCACAUAUAAGAGAAUUACGUUUGAUUACAGUUCUCCCGACGGCCCGAUGUAUAAACUCAUUCAAGACAUUGAGAUUUUUGACGAAGACAUUACAUUUGGUGAGGAGAUCGGUGAGGGAUGCUUUGGCACUGUUUUUAAAGGCACUUACAAGCAAUCGGACGCAACUAUAAUUCAAGUGGCGAUCAAAGUAUUGAAAGAAAAAAACGAAUCAAAAGAAGAUUUUGAAAGAGAGAUAGAAAUCAUUUCUACUUUCAAUCACAAGAAUAUAAUCAAAUUGAUUGGUGUUGUGGUCAGGGAUUGCAAUGCAAUGCCAUAUAUGGUAUUUGAAUACAUGAUGUUUGGAGAUUUGGCUGAAUUACUCAGAACUAAGAAAUUAAGUCCACAAAAGGACAUCACAGAAGAACCGGACAAUGAAUCCUAUUUUAUGACUCAUUAUUUAUCGGACAAUCACUUCGUUCACCGGGAUUUGGCCACAAGAAACUGUUUGGUCGGACAGAACCUCACCGUUAAGAUCUCGGACUUUGGGAUGUCUCGCGAUAUAUACACUUGUGAUUACUAUAAGGUGGGCGGCUCUAAGCUUCUACCUGUGCGAUGGAUGAGUCCGGAAAGUAUUCUUUAUGGGAAAUUUACUCUCGAAUCUGACGUU